AUGCAUUCUUCACUGACAUUCUUGACAUUGGCCCUAUGUCUAUUCGCCUGGGCUAACGGGUCGAACCACCAUGUGCGCACCACCGGAAACACGGUGCGAUUCAAUCUCACACUUACCUGGGAAGAAUGGGCCCCAGCGGGCAUCCCUCGAAAGAUGAUCCUUGGAAACGGUCAACUCCCCAGUCCGCUGCUCGAGUUGCGACAAGGAGACGAUGUCGAGUUCUUGGUGAUCAACAAUCUGCCCACUAAUACAUCCGUUCACUUCCACGGGAUCGAACAACAUGGCACUCCCUGGUCUGACGGCACGCCUGGCUUUUCGCAGGAACCCAUUGCGCCGGGUGAUCACUUUCUCUAUAAAUGGCGCGCGACACAAUAUGGGAGUUAUUUUUACCACGCCCAUAACCGAGGGCAGAUUGAUGAUGGCCUCUACGGAGCGAUUUACAUACAUCCGGAUGAGUCCGUCGAGAAACCAUUUGGCUUGAUUACGAACAAGAGCAGCGAGCGCCAGGCCAUGCGAGCGGCCGAGGAGAAGACGCAACCUAUAAUGAUUUCGGACUGGCGGCAGUUGACCUCGGAAGAGAUAUGGCAGGCUGAAGAAAAGAGCGGGCUGGACGCUUACUGCGUGAACGCCAUUCUCAUCAAUGGAAAAGGAUCGAUUAGCUGUCCUGGUCAAGAAAAGGUGAAUCAGCUCGCUAGCGCUGAACAGAGGCAAAUCCUGGGCAACUUGAGCCUGACCGACAUUGGAUGUACCUCCCCAUUGGUAGUAGCUAUGCAGGGAACCUUCCGUCAUAACUACAGCGCAGUGCCGCCUUCGAUGUUUUCGGGUUGUGUACCUGGAAACGGUGGCACUGCCCGUGUCCUAGUGGACCCAUCCCACAGAUAUGUGAGCUACGAUCUGAUCAGUGCAGCCGGUGUCUCAAUGACCACGUUCUCGAUUGACGAGCAUCAAAUGUAUGUUUACGCCAUUGACGGACGCUACAUUCAUCCUACAUUGGUAGAUGCCAUCACCAUUGCUAAUGGCAACCGGUACUCCGUCCUGGUCAGAUUGGAUAAGCCCGCUGGGGAUUAUACUAUCCGUGUAGCGAAUGCCGGUGUCAACCAAGUUCUAUAUACUGCCGGAGUCUUGUCCUACAACACCUUGGAAAAGACGCAACAGCACGCUUCCGUGGCAUCGAUCAAUAUCCACGGCGCGGUAGUCUCUUCGAACUAUACGCUGCUGGACGAAACCAAGAUCAUUCCCUUCCCGGUCGAGGUGCCAUCUCAAGAAGUUGCGCAAACACACAUCCUGCGAAUCAGCCAUUACGACGCCUCCUACACCUGGACCUUGGGCAACACCACCCUCCCUCUUGUAUUAGAGGAAGUAUCGCCGCUACUAUUCUACCCCUCCACCGCCAAGCCAGACCUUACUCUGAAGACACUCAAUGGAACAUGGAUUGAUCUGAUCUUCGAUAUCCACGGUCAGAUACAGCCCCCUCAUCCAAUUCACAAGCACGCCAACAAAUUCUACGUGAUUGGCCAAGGUACCGGAGCAUGGAACUACUCUUCUGUUGCUGAAGCCAUGCAGCAUAUCCCGGAGAGUUUCAAUCUCGAAGCUCCCCAGAUCCGGGAUACGUACAUCACUCCACCGUCGGCGACCGAGGACACUUGGUUAGCAAUCCGUCAUCACGUUGUGAACCCCGGUGCAUGGCUACUCCAUUGUCAUAUCCAGGUCCAUCUUAGUGGCGGGAUGGCGAUAGGUAUCCUUGAUGGUGUGGAUGAGUGGCCUGAGAUACCUGAGGAAUAUUCUAUUCAGGUUUGA